GUAAAGUAUGAUAUUUAGAACUGCACUAGGUUUCAGAAAGAUCUGAUUUCAGGCCUUGCUUUCAGAUAGUCUUGCACUUUAAUGAUCAUUUCACCUGGAAAGUUAAAUUGUCCCUACCCCUUCAAAGUUUCUUUACGUUUUUGUAACCAACUAGCAGCUUCCCCUAAUGACUGACAUGCUUUGCGGGUAGUAAAAUGCUUGACCCCCAAAAACUCUGCUGUGGUGAAAUGACCUAAGAAGUGCAAAUAUAACAUCCUGUGAAAAAGGAAUAGAAAACUGGUAACAGAUACAACGAGCAAGCACACGUUAGUGGCAUGUCGGGAGGGACACUUGGAAUGCAGAAGAUUCAGAUACAGCACAAUUCAGUCUGGGAGGGAGUACUAGAGAGAAUGUGAAGCACAAUGGCAGAUUUUGAAACUUAUCAGGAGUACCAGCGGAUAGAGGACUUUGAGGAAGAUUCCCCCCCAGGAGAAGAGGACCUACUAGUGCAUGUCCCUGAAGGCUUGAAAGAUUCAUGGCAUCAUAUCAAGAACCUGGAUCAUUUCUUCACAAGAAUUUAUCAUUUUCAUCAGAAGAAUGGCUUUGCCUGCAUGAUGCUGUCAGAGUUCUUUGAACUGGUACAAUUCUUGUUUGUUGUCACCUUUACAACUUUCCUCUUCAAUUGUGUGGAGUAUGACAUUCUCUUCGCCAACAAGGCGGUGAAUCACACCACCCAGAGUGGAUCCUCCCUGGAGAGAAACAAGGUCACCCUGACUGACGCCAUCCUGUCCAGCCAGAAAUGCACUGAGAGAAUCCAAGGAAAUGGUUGGAUCAUCUUCCUUCUUAUUAUGGCUGCUAUAUUCUGGAUCUAUCGACUUGUCAAAGUGUUCUGCAACAUCCUGAGCUACUGGGAGAUUCGCCAAUUUUAUAUCAAAGCACUUAAAAUAACAAUGGACGAGCUUUGCAACUACACGUGGCAGGAGGUCCAGGGCCGGCUGAUCAGCCUGCAGCGGGAGCAGCAAAUGUGUAUCCACAAGAAGGAGCUGACUGAGCUAGACAUCUACCACCGCAUCCUGCGCUUCAAAAACUACACGGUGGCCAUGGUCAAUAAGUCCCUGCUGCCCAUCCAGCUGCACCUGCCCCUGCUGGGCAACGUGGUCUUCCUCACACAGGGCCUCAAGUACAACUUUGAGCUCAUCUUCUUUUGGGGGCCUGGCUCCCUCUUCCAGAACAAGUGGAACCUCCACCCCAAGUACAAAAGGGCCAGCAAUCGUCUAGAGCUGGCCACCCAGCUGAGCCGCGUCAUUCUGCUGGCAGGCCUGGCCAACCUGCUGCUGUGCCCCUUCAUCCUGGUCUGGCAGGUGCUCUAUGCUUUCUUCAGCUACACAGAGACCAUCAAGCGGGAGCCUGGAAGCCUUGGUGCUCGCCGCUGGUCACUAUAUGGCCGUCUCUACCUGCGGCACUUCAACGAGCUGGAUCAUGAGCUGCACGGGCGACUGGGACGCGGAUACAAGCCCGUCUCCAAGUACAUGAACUCCUUCACCUCACCGCUGUUCACGGUCAUCGCCAAGAACGUGGCCUUCUUCUCGGGCUCCGUUCUGGCCGUGCUGAUUGCGCUAACCGUCUACGAUGAGGACGUGCUCACCGUCCAGCAUAUCUUGACCGCUAUCACCAUACUGGGCGUGGUUGUAACCGUUACAAGGUCUUUUAUCCCAGACGAGCACAUGGUCUGGUGUCCAGAGCAGCUCCUGCAGUGUGUGCUGGCCCACAUUCACUACAUGCCCGAUCACUGGAAGGGGAAUGCCAACAAAUCUGAGACCAGGGAUGAAAUGGCACAGCUCUUUCAGUACAAAGCGGUAUUUAUUCUGGAGGAGCUGCUCAGCCCCAUCGUCACACCGUUUAUUUUAAUCUUCUUCUUGAGGCACAAGUCCCUGGAGAUCAUCGACUUCUUUCGCAACUUCACAGUGGAGGUGGUUGGGGUCGGGGACAUCUGUUCCUUCGCCCAGAUGGACAUCCGCAAACACGGGAACCCACAGUGGCUGUCGGAGGGACAGACGGAAGCCUCAGUGUAUCAGCAGGCAGAGAAUGGCAAGACAGAGCUGUCGCUGAUGCACUUCACCAUCAAGAACCCAUGCUGGCAGCCCCCCCAGGAAAGCUCCUUCUUUAUCAGUCACCUGAAGGAGAAGGUGCAUCAUGACGCCGCCGGCGCCCCUCCUGCCCAGCACAUCCUGUCGGAGGCCCCACUCUUCUCCUCACUACUCUCCAAUGAGUCUGGAACCGCGCCCGAUAACUUGCUGGCCAGCGUCAUUGCCCACCCAGUCCUCACUGCCUCAGGGCUGCCAGGGAGGGACCGGCGCUUCGUCCAGCCCAGCACCACUGCUUCAGCCGCGGCCAGUGUCCUUGCAUCUCUCUCCACCUCCCAGCAACCCAGCCGGACCCGUUCCCACAUCCUGCUGCCUUCCACCUACCCUGAGAACCCCAUGUACCGCAGUGACAGGACCGUCAUAGAGGAGAGCAUGUCUGGAAAUGACUCCUGUAUCCGGAGUAUCAAUCGCUCUGCUCUGCUGUCAGAAUUUGCAUCGGCUGAAAUGAGCCUACACGCCAUCUACAUGCAUGAGGUUCACCAACAGAGCUCGCAUCCUCAGCAAGUAUCUGGACAGUGGCAGGCUUCAGUCCCACUAAGAGACCUCCAAAGCAACCCAGGGUCUUUGUCACAAUCCAGCCAGCCUGAGAGCCUGUCUGGCCUCUCCCAGCUCCGUCUCGGAGGGUGGACAGAAGAGGCUGAAGAGGAGGAGGAGGAGAUUGUCAAUGAACCACCUGCACUCUCAGGGUCUGGAGUCGGGAGUUGAAAGUGCCUUUAAACACAAGAGGUUAUACCACUUGGAUUUCGAAGAAUGGUGUGGCCUUAGAUCACCUGUGUAAACACAAUCAGUGUUCAGUGUUUCAGCCUGCUGUGUAUUGUGGGGAAAAGGAGCUGCUCUCCCGGUCUUCCAGAAGCAAGAUGUCUUCCAGAAUUUUUUUUUUUUUAGCUCAUUUUUUAAAACACAGACCUUGUUACAAACUUUGGGUGUGUGUCGCCCAAGCCAUAGGACUUGGCCAUGAACAGCAACUUAAGUGUUGUAUUUUACAAAAUACAAAAAGCAUAAGCUUGACUUUACUUGAGGGGGGGGGGGGGGGGGCAGCAAACUUGAAAACCUAAGAGUAAGGUAACAACAUGUUUUACAUUUUUAAUACAAUAUUAAAUUUGAUAACAUGAAGAAAAGGUGUUUACGUUUAUAAUAGCAGAGAUCACGUCUGUAAUUCUGUUUGUUUUGAAGUGACGGACUAGUCACCUUAGGAUCUGCCUUGUUCCCUUCUUGAACUUAGAGCUAAUAUUUCUGUCAAUCUUUAUAUCAUAUCUAGCAGAAAGACCUUGGUAGUUCACAUCUGGGAUCACUAAAUCCGUAGACCUGAUUAUAAUUUCAUUUUAUUUAACAUUGUACAACUAUUUUUUGUUUCAACCAAGUCCUACUAGUCAAUCAAAUGCUUUUUGUUUUAUCUAAGAUUUCAACAGACUAAAACAUCUGUCAUGCCACCAGAGACCUAUGAAUAUACAACCUGCUACUUUUAAGGCACACACUCCUAAAGAAAAUUAUGUUACUGUUGGCUCUUCAGUAGAAAUUAGAAUUUUGUAGAAUGUUGUUUUGUUUAAUACACACAGAAUAAUUUAACUAGCACUAUAUAGGUUUAAAAAUACAUAGCUAGGUCUUGGUUGGCACAAAAAGCUCUGGACUGUUCCACUGUUUUCACAGUAUGCUUUAAUGCGGUAGUGAGAUCGUAUUUUAUCCAGUCUCUGCUGUUCAUCAUCAAUUACAGGUCGAUAUUAUCUAUCCACACACAAAUGCUCAUACUAGCUUCCUAUAAUAAUAAUCUGACUAGCAGCAUGAAUUUUGAUUGUUUACUGUGUUGACUGGUGAGUUUGAUGUAUCAAGUUUUGGGAAUUGUGUUCAUUUAAUUUUGGAGCUGUAGAAUGAGCCAUGGAAAUGUAACACUUGGAGGUCUUGAGGUUGUUUUAUUUUAGAUCAAUGGAGUUUGUUAUGAAUGAUACCUUGUAAGGAUGUGUGUGUGUGUGUGCGUGUGCGUGUGCGUGUGUGCGUGACUUACUAAAAGGUCUAAGAGUGGAAAACAAAAAAAACAUUUUGCCCAUCAAACAGUAUAUGAUGGGCUGUAAUAGCAUAGGAUUCUUAACCUUGAAAAAUGUAAUACUUAGAACAAAGACUUUUUUGUCAAAAUAUUAAUGUACAUUAUGUAUUCAAAUGGCAUUUGUAAAUAAUAUUACAUAUGUAAUUUAUCACUGUACAUUGCAUAUAUUAAAAUAAUUAUAAAGACACGUACAGAUACUAUACAGCUAUGGCCAAAAGUUUUGCAUCACCUAGAAUUUUAGGAUUGAGACAUAAUUAAAAAAAAAAUAAUAUAUAAACUGUAUGAACAUAAUUUAUUAAUGUAAUUAUAUUGCAAAAGUCUACCAUGAGCUAGAAUAGUAGUAAAGUAUUACUGUUAGAUUUCAAAAUGUCACAUUUUCAAUUUGUCCGUUUUUCGUUAAGUAUAUGAAAAACUACAAAAGCUGUAUGUAAUUCAAUAUGUUAAUGUAGCAUUAUUCAGCAGGUUUCAUUGGACUUUAUGACGCAAAAUUAGUUAAUUCUAUAGGGUGAUGUAAAUCUUUUGGGCAAAGCUGUAAUCAUAGCUUUUUAACUGUAGACCAACUGAGCAUAUUGCACUGUACAAAGUAAUUAUUUAAAAUCAUAUGCUUGGGUGGGAUCUUUGAUCAUUUUUUGCAUCACUGUUUGGGGACAGUUCGUUUAUUUUUAUUUGUAGCGCAAACUGUUUUGUUCAUCAGGUGCCAUAGGUCAUAUCUGUAGGAGUCAGUUUUGUUCAUGACCACUGCUGGCUGGUAAUGAAGUGGUCAAAGAAAAGCGAGGUAUAGUAAAGCAUAUUAAUAAAGAUUGCAAACCAGGGUAAACUACAGUGCUGUAUGGUAAAUGCAUAGGGAAACUGCAAACAUACCAUGGCAAACUUGUAUAAGGAAGAGUUUAACAGCUGCCUCUUGUGUCUUUAGGCACUCAUGAGGUAAUGUUCUCCCAUCAGUCUAGGAGAAGCUGGUUUCUGCAAGCCUAACUGAGACUGAAACCAAACUGGUUAGAUCUAGGACUCAGGCACACAAUUAUGCAUUAAGGUUUUGUUUCCUUCUGUUUUUAAUCCCUCAAACACUGCUGCCAAGUCACUAGUGUAAAAGGACAAAUGUCGCUGGAUGUCUUACUUGCCUGAUGAUGUCUGUUUCUGGUUGAUUAUACCUUCCCAUUCCUGCAAGCAGUAAAGGCAACAUGCAGUUUUCUAUUGCAUGUAUUGAUCCACAGCUGCACUGGUCUUGACAAACAAACAAAUGGAUGCUGUCUCUGUAUCACUUUGUUUUGUUUUUUAUUAUUAUUUUGCAAAUGUCAAGAAAUAUACUCACUUCGCUCAAAAAGAGUACAAAAAGUAUCUUUUUUGUAAUGUAUAUGUACUACUAAAUAUUGCAAGAAUGGGUAAAGGCAGCUAAAUCUACAGUAGUAUCAAACUAUCUUUGUCAUAUAAUACUCUCUGUAUAGCUCUGUCCUUGGAGAAAAGCAUUUGUCAUCCUUCAAUGCAUGUAUUGAAUGUGACUUUUAAAUCAUGUUCAUGUACUGUUGAGAGAGGAUAAGGCAUCUUAGCAUGUCAGUGACAGUGCCUUGCAGAGCUAUACAUAGUAUCAAUUAAUUGUUUUUGCAAUGUUUCCAGCCAGUAUUGCUUUCAUUGUGUUUGAUGGAAUGAGUGCUGAACUGCUGCUUGUAUAUAUUUUUUUAUAUCCUUGAUUUCAAAAUCAAUGAUAUCAUUACAAAUGUUAUAUACUGGUUUUUAUUUAAGCCUCAGUUUUAUAUGUGUGUCAUACAUAUAUGCAGAGAAGGCAAACAUCAGUUUCAGGGCAGAGUACCCCACUAUGACACCUAGAGGGAGUCAAAUACAGUAUAUAAUGAAAUUCAGCAAGACACCCCAUCUGAAUUAAACUAACUAUAAAUUUAGCAUAGGCAAUACUACACAGUCUGCCUUUUAUACUACUCUGUAUAGUUAGAGCCUGUAUUGUUUGGGAAUUCAUGAUCAUUCUACAUUUAAUUGAGUUGGGAUGACUAUACCUAUAACAUUGGCUCAAAACUAUUACUGAGUACAAUACAUAUCCUGUAAAGAUAUUUUAUGUCUUAUUAGAAGUUGACCAAUGGCGCAUAUUGUAGAGAAUACCUUUUUGCACACUUUAUAAAGGGUCGAUAGAUACUAAGGUAGUAUAUCAAGAUGAUGGUACACCUCUUAAUGUGAUUAUGUUUGUAUCCCUUUAUUUUUAUCACAUAAGGCAGUUGAUUUAAUCAAGGUUUUGUGUUGUUGAAAAUCGAAGGGAAUGCAAUUUUUGAUUACAAUAUGCAGAUGAUACUGUUAACCAGUGAUUGUAUUGCCUGUGAUAUAUCUGCAUCAUACUGACAUGUAACUUGUUUAUUCUGCCUAUACCCACUCCAUUAGAACUCUAUUUACUGUACUACAUGUACAAGCCAGUUGAGACCACUGGUACUGAGGUGCUAAACGACUUACAGUCCUGUAUUUCUUCAUUAUUAGGUCAUGCUUGCUACAGUGAUCCCCGAGUCUGCUCAGUUUACACUACUUAAAGAUAUAAGAGCUUUAGGAAUAUUUCAUUUGUUUUUUGUUAUUAUAAUUCUGUUUUUAUGUGUAUUAAUGACUAUAGUGGGUUGAAAGAUAAUGUAUUUGGUUUAAAAUAAUAAACAAAAAUAACUGUUAUUUAUAAGCAAUUUGCAA